AUGGAGUGUCUACACGGAAAAUCAGAAUCUACUUCAACUACCAGCAACGGAUCUUUUUGGUUUUGUGGACAGAAUCCUUCUUGUCAUUUCUUUUGCUCAGAAGAGGACAGCUAUCGUUUUGAAAAAGCAAUAAUAGCUUGGAAAUCUGCUGGCGCCCAUCAACCACAAUGCCAUGAACAUCAUAAACUUGCAAGAAUGCGAAUAGUUAAAGAUCCAAUGAAAGAAGACUAUGGAAGACCAUUUUUCGUCUGUUCUCACCGUGAAAAUCCUUGUUCUUUCUGGCAAUGGGGCGAUGUCGCCGAGACAGUUAGACCAAACUGCCGUCAUGGUUUUCCGUGCUGUAUGCGGAAAGUGAAAAAAGAAGGACUUAAUAAAGAUCGUACGUUUUUCUGCUGUCCAAAUGGAAAGGAUAACUCAUUCAGUUAUUCUGAAUGGACUCCCAGUGAAGAAGACAUUCCAAUCUGUCCAUGUUUCGAAGUGAACUUUAGCAUGCCACCCUCGUAUAAUACCAUUAAACGGACAGGAGAGAGAUUUACGAGUCGUUGUGGGGACAGAAUGAAAGCUUUUAAAGAACAUUUGGAAAACAAAUCCAAAGACAAUUUAACAAACACUUUUGAAAAUAUGAAGUUGUAAUAUUAUUUAAGUAUUUUACCCGAAUUUUCUAACUUGCUUUUCCAUGUUUUUAUGAUGUAAUGCUAAUUUUUCAACAAAUAUCAUUUGAUAAAUUCGAUGUUAUUCACUUUGUGUAGUCAUUUGCUAGUACUUGCGGCGGUGUUCAGUAUGGAUAUCAUUUGUGACGAGUUAAAGCAAAAUAACGUAGAUAUUGACAAAGAGACUUUAUCCUAUCAUAUUAAUGCUAUCCUUAAUAAGAAUCAUGUACUAUACGAAGCAGCAAGAGUCCAAUCUUUAACGGUAAACCUUAGUCGGUUUUAUAAAGAAAUAAAGGUAACAAAUUUUGGACGAUUUAUUGCUUAUUCAGCACUAGUAUACAGAGCUAGUGAUUCCUUGAAUGAAGAAACUAUUCGUUAG